CGUGACGCAGCAGUCACCCGCAGUUUCUGAUUGGACCGCAUUCAUGUCCAUGACUUCUCAGUGUUUGAAGCGGUUUGGUAAAUAGAAAUGAAUCACGCCGACUGAUGUUUGUGGCUGUUCAACAGGCUACAUGUACUUAUUGGAGCACAUGCAUAAGAUGUGUGCUGAAGGAUGAGUCGCUUUCUGAACGUGUUGAGGAGCUGGCUGCUCAUGGUGUCUGUGAUCGCGGUGGGAAACACGGUACAGAGCUUCAGAGAUCACAGCUUCCUGUCCGAGAAGCUCUACACAGGAACGCCCGAUUAUGUAAACGGACUUCAGGCGAGAACCUUCGGCAUAUGGACCCUCCUGUCCUCCAUCAUCCGCUGUGCGUGUGCCAUAGACAUUCAGAACAGAACGCUUUAUCACAUCACCCUGUGGACUUUUGUUCUGGCGCUUGGCCACUUCCUGUCCGAAGCGUUUAUCUAUAAAACCGCCCCGCUGACCAUUGGAGUCAUGGCACCUCUGAUUGUAGCCAGUUUCUCUAUCGUGGGCAUGCUGGUUGGCUUCCAGUGUGUCGCUGAGCCCCAGGAAGUUGUGGGAUCUCGUCAGAAGAAGAGGAACUGAGGCUGAUGCUGCUGAUGUCUUCGGAGCGGAGGCCCAAACUACCUUUUUACCGCUUUAGAAUCGGCGUAACGCUACAAUAAUGAUCAUUUCCUACGGUUAUUUGAAGCUUAAUUGUCCGAAAGCAAUUGCAGUACUGGUGCUUUUGUGCUAUAUUUUUCAGCCGAGGUGCAAACCAGAGCCUGCAGGUCUGCUGAGUUUAUUGUUUAGUUUUUUUAAUCUGCAAAUUGAUAAUUAGCUUUUUGUGUAUUUAUAAUUAAAGCAGUUAAAAUGCUCAAAAUAUAUGCACGGAUACCCCAUGAAUCAUUUUGCGAAUCGUGUUUUUGUCUCGUCCUGAAACACUGCGGUACAUCUUUAAUAAUGUUCUUCUACCAGACACCCAGAGUUUCAGACUGCAGCUUUAAAAACAAUAUCAUUGUUGAUUUUUGUCACUUUGUAUUAAAAAGUUACUGUUUUUGAAUGAUAACAUCUUUGUCUAGAUCACAGCUCCCGAAGGACAUUUUCUAGGUGCGUUUAUAUUUGCUUAAAUAAUGAAUGUUAAGCAUUCAAGAGAAGCCUUUAAAAGAAAGUUCAUGAAUGUUUAUGUCUAGAACGCAUGUGGAAUAGUUUACGGGACUCUUUUGCCUGUUAAAUAAUAACUCGACACAAGAUGCAGUUGAGCCACUAGUUAUCACACUUUAUUACUGAAUGUCACAUCUCAUUUACAACACCAAGACUUCCUGGAUUAUAUACAAAAUGUAGUAACGGUACGUGCACACUUUUCGAACAAUGAUCUGAUCAGAACAUGGCCGUACAUAGAACCUAACUACAUCUCUUGCGAGCGAUCGUCUGAUAUCGGACCGGAUGCCGUCUUUGACUGAGCCGGUGUGUUACACACAACCCACGGCAUCUCAAAAAUAAACAUCACCGAUUUGUCCAAAAGCGCGCCUCGUGCUAUCUUUCAUCACGUACAUCAACAAAAGCAGUCAAAUGUAAAGGUUUAAUUUGAAAUAUUCGAGGUGGACCUGUGUUCUCGAAGAUUUUAAGACUUCUCUCAGAUGGCCCCUAAUUUAUCUUAAAGGUAUGAGACUAUCUUAAAGUCUUAGUUUAAAAGUAAUGCAGGACUAAUCUGAGAGAGGAAAAGACAAAAACCUUCCUCUAAGUGACUCAGUUGCUAGCUUUUAUAGACUGUGAUUGUCCGUGUUGGUUGCUUGUCCAAGAAGGAAAUAAAAGAGCACUUUUAAGAGCAUUAUAAUCUUUCACUUUGAAAUUACUGCCAUAAUUUAUUUAUGUAUAUAUAUAAUGAAUGGAUGUUGGCAUGUCUCUAAUAAAACAAACAUUUCUUUUCUCUC